AGGUGGGAGCUUGGAUGUUGAUAUCAACAUGGCGCUUGUCAGACAGACAAAGGCAGUCAGUCUGGUCUGAUUGAGCCCAAAAGGGAGCAGGAAGAGAAGUGGGAGGGGUUUUUUUCUUUCCUUGGGGGGUUGAAGGGAAGCAGAGCUUGGGAGUCUGAAGUGAUCCCCCCCUCUGGAGCUCCUCUCCAUUUUAUUUUGCAGUAUCCCCUAAAAAAGAAAUCUCUUUGCUUUUCCUAUUUGGGAGCCACCCCCAACUUCUGCUUCUAAAUGGUCAAGUGGAGAAAAAAGUAGCCAGAACCAAAACAGCCUUGGAAUCAGGGAAAUAUUUCUGCCCUUAUUUCCCAAAGAGACAGCUAAGGCAAGAGAGUAAAGUUAACAGAAUGAUAGCAAAUACUGAAGACCUCCAAGAGGCUUUCUGACCUUCCUCUCCCCAUGUAAAUUAUGCUGAGAACCUUUCCAGUGGUUCUGCUGGAAACCAUGUUUCACUACACUGAUGAACCCAGAUUCACCAUAGAGCAAAUAGAUCUACUUCAACGCCUGCGGCGUACUGGUAUGACAAGGCACGAAAUCCUCCAUGCUUUGGAAACCUUUGACCGUCUUGACCAGGAACACAGUGACAAGUUUGGGCGGCGGUCUGCCUAUGGGAGUGGAUCCUGUAGUAACAGCACCAACAAUGUUCCAGCGUCUUCCUCUACAGCCACAGCUUCCACACAGACCCAGCACUCUGGGAUGUCCCCAUCUCCAAGCAACAGUUAUGAUACCUCCCCACAACCUUGCACUACCAAUCAAAAUGGGAGGGAGAGUAACGAGAGGUUGUCUGCCUUCAAUGGGAAGAUGUCACCUACACGUUACCCUCUGGCAAAUAGCAUGGCUCAGAGGUCAUAUAGCUUUGAAGCCUCUGAGGAGGACUUGGAUGUAGAUGAUAAAGUAGAAGAACUGAUGAGGAGGGACAGCAGCGUGAUAAAAGAGGAAAUCAAAGCCUUCCUGGCCAACCGGAGGAUUUCUCAAGCAGUUGUUGCACAGGUUACAGGCAUCAGUCAGAGUCGGAUCUCCCACUGGCUGUUGCAACAGGGAUCAGACCUGAGUGAACAAAAGAAAAGGGCCUUUUACCGAUGGUACCAGCUUGAGAAAUCAAAUCCAGGGGCUACAUUAAGCAUGAGACCAGCCCCCCUUCCAGUUGAAGAGCCAGAAUGGAGACAGACGCCUCCGCCAGUCACAGCUACCUCUGGGACUUUCCGCUUGCGACGUGGCAGUCGGUUUACCUGGAGAAAGGAAUGUUUGGCUGUCAUGGAAAGCUACUUCAAUGAGAAUCAAUAUCCUGAUGAGGCCAAGAGAGAAGAAAUUGCAAAUGCCUGUAAUGCAGUUAUUCAAAAGCCAGGAAAGAAGCUAUCAGAUCUGGAGCGAGUUACCUCCCUCAAAGUGUACAAUUGGUUUGCCAAUAGAAGGAAGGAAAUCAAGAGGCGAGCCAAUAUUGAAGCAGCAAUCCUGGAGAGUCAUGGGAUAGAUGUACAAAGCCCCGGAGGCCACUCCAACAGUGACGACGUAGACGGAAAUGACUAUUCAGAGCAGGAGUCUUGGCAAGUACGCAAUGGGGAGGAGGAGGGAAGAUGUACAGAGGGAGGCAGAGAAGCAGAGAAGUUAGAAGAAGACAGGAGGAUCUGCUCAAAACAAGAUGACAACACUAGCCAUAGCGACCACCAAGACCCUAUCUCACUAGCCGUGGAGAUGGCAGCGGUAAAUCACACCAUUCUGGCGUUGGCCCGGCAAGGAACCAGCGAGAUCAAAACAGAGGCCCUGGAUGAUGACUGAUGACGCGAUGGAGGGGGAGGGCUCCCAGAUGAGAAAGUAACUUAGUUUUAGACGUAGCACCUUAGCAGCCUUUUUCCUGGUCCCUAAUAUGUGUCCUUCUUUACAAUAUAACUUUGCAGUCUCUUGUACGUCAAGUUUGCCGUUUAGGGUCUUGUCCUGUGAAGAUGGCAUGGUGCCCUCUGACUCUGCGUAUAAACUCUCAGUAUUAACUCCCAGUCAGAUAAUUAACCAAGCCGACUGACCUCCCUCUCCCACUGCUCCCCCCUCAGCUAGAUAAAAACCUUUGCUGCUCUGUCUUUAGCAUUCCAUGAACGUGCUUCCAGGUGUCGUAGGCAGCCCUCGAUUCCAAGCCUUAGGCUAAAUCUGUAGAAAAACAACAAUACAAACUUGGAUUAUCCUUCAGACUUCCGGGUGUUAACAUUUUUUUUUAUUUCCUCUUGUUUUUGUUACAAAACCAAAAGGAGACAAUGGAGAUUCAGUGGUUUAAAGGAAAAUGGGUUGAGAGUGUGGACAGAGAACGGGAUUAUGAUGAAGCUCAGAUCUGUUGUAAACGUCUUGUUACCAGGUGCCAAUAAGCUGGGCCUCUCUUAGCAGGGCAGCAAUAUAAUCCUUACUGCUUUUCCAUAGGAUUUGUACUGUUUUCCAAAGGUCCUGGCUGGUUGGGAAGGAGAAGGGGAAAGUCCACCAGCUUGUUUUGAUUGAUGUUUGCUGCUGACGUGAUCAACAUAACCUUCCUCUUUUCUUUGCAAGUUGUGUUAUGGGAGGAACAAAGCAUUUCCCCCCUCAAUUCUUAAGUUUUCCCAGUUAGGCCAAAGUUUCCAUCUAUAGAAGAAUCUCUCUUAUAUGUCUCUGAAUGAGACCCACUGUGGUUGUGUUCCUUCCAAUAAGUGGUCACUAAGGCUGAUGGGGCCUAAGGAAUGAUGUAAGUGUGAUUGGAUCAUUCACAAUUCUUUUAUCAGUUCAGUCACAAAUGAGCCCCACCGAGUUCAUUAACAUUUAAACCCACAUAAGAUACAAUUAUACUCUCAGACACCCCCAUGAAGAAUACCUACUCUUGGAAAAGACAUGAUUUAUAUACAAAGAUAAGGAUGAGCAUUGAUGGAAGUGGAUAAGUUAUCGUUACACACGCACGCAUGCAUGUGCGUGAACACACAGACACACAUUCUGUGAUGAAACAUGUGAAGUAGCUUUCCAGUUCAGCCUGUAAUCAGAACUUGAAGAUAACUUGGAUUGAACAGUUGGUAAUUGUUUACUUCCUUUCAACCCCUUGUCUCCAAAGUAUGGUGCACUCUAGGGAAGAAUUAAGAAGUAACUCCUAGUAUCCCUCCUCACUAGAGUUACAGAAAAUAUGCAUACAUGUAAAUUUUCAUUAUUUGGAUAGUAGAGAGUGCAGUGAUCCCUAUCUAUUGUCUGUGGUGUUGGCUCUUCAAGAUAUCACAUCAUGAUGGUAUUUUUUACUUCUCUGAACUAGCCACACAUUCUUUGUGUCUCUUCUGUUCUUCUUCAGCAGCUGGAAAGCUGUACCUGUUUGAGCAGGUUAACAAAUUCUUGGAAGCCAUAUUACAGGAGGAACUAGAUGUUGCCAUGAGCCAAGGAUUUAGUGGCUCUUGUGCUCCUGGGAAGCAGGUUUAUUUUUUUACUUUCCUAUUGUUAGUGCAAUCUGAGAUUGGGUUCAGAUAUUGGCUAUCUAGGAAAUUAGAAUUAAUGAUUAAAUACUGAUGGAAUGUGAGAUGAAUCUACUUCUAUAUAGCAAAAAAAAAAAAUCAAAUUUGAGGGUUUUUUUUGGUUCAUUUAUCUUGAUCAUAUGUAGCACUUUGGUAUUUUUUUUCAUAUAUUUGAGCAUUUUAAAAAAUAAAUAAAUAUCAUUGGAUAAAUCAACAAUAACACGCUAUAACCUCAUGUUACAGUCAUCCAAUAAUAAAUCUGGAACAUAGUCCAUGAGGAACAUCUCUGAUGAAAUGGACCUGGCUGAAUAGCACCAGGUGAUUCUCCUGAGCAAGAUGUUUUGAAAUGAAGGAAGGUGGGGGAGGUGAUUGAAAAGCAUUCCUGUAACCGAAGAUGUAAUUUUUAGUGACCGUAAGCAUGUGGUUUUCCUCUUGUGUGCUUUUUACCUUCACCUUAUUGCAAUGUUCACAGAAAUUCUUCUCCAUUCAUUGUGCCCUUUGAGCUGCCUGUGCAUCAGUGAACGACUAGUAUACUUCAGAACGAAACUGACAUGCUGACAGUCCCAUGAUAUAGUCCCUGCUGGGGCCACAGGCCCAACAUUUGGAAAUGUGGUUUAUCUGUGGCCUUGUUCCCAUCUGUGCUUUGUCAAGGCAGAUGAUAGACAUUUGUAGAAGAAUGGCCAAAGCUUAAAAUCUUCAGAAUGUAGGAAUGUGUCACGCUGUUCCUGAAUUUGACAGACCCUUUGCUCAUUUUGGUAUGGGGAGUUGAGUAGACAGUUCUUCUAUUCUCUGGUCUAGUACUUUAUUUGUAGUCAUGAUUUCUCCUUUUUUUGCAUAUAUCUUGAAUGCUCAGAAAUCAUUAAAGAAGUCAUAAAGAGGGAGUAUCUGCCAAGAUGCUUUUGCUUCGUGUAGUAUGAUACCUACUAGCUCCAGUAACUGCAUACAUAGGAGCUAUAUAAUUAGGCAGAAUUGAUAGGUUGAUAUGAAUACAUUUUGAAAAAGUGAUUGACCAUAAGGAAAAAUAAAAUACCAUCUUUUCAAGGGGCUGGAGCAGCUCUCUACUGUUUGACCUCUGCUUAAGAAUAGUGAAUGCUUCCUUAUGCUGGCCAGACUAGCUAGGUAAGCUUAGUGUGACUUACUCAUCGACUCUGAAGUAAAGAAAUAUCUUUCCCAUCAACUGAUCUUUCUGAGUAUAAUUACUAAGGGCUGAGCUGGAACCCUUUUACAUAUGUCCUCUAUUUCCUUAAUGGAUCUAGGGCAGGGACUAGUUACUACCAUGUUUCCUUGAAAAUAAGACCGGGUUAUAUAUUAAUUUUUGCUCCAAAAGAGCCCAACCACAGUUGGGCUUAUUUUCUAAUUAAGUCUUAUUUUCAGGGAAAUGAGGUACUAAAUGCGUCUGUAUGGCUGACUAUCUUACCUGGGACUUAUUUUGGGGGUGGGGCUUAUAUUACAAGCAUCCUGAAAAAUCAUGCUAGGGCUUAUUUUCUGGGUCUUAUUUUCAGGGAAACGCGGCAUCUCCAUCACACACUUUCUCCAUCAGGAUCCUUGAUGAUGGUUUCUCAUCAGAGCCAUUUGAUUCCAAUUAAAAUGUUGGAGCUUUGCUGGUAUUUUGCUGUUCCAGCUUGCAUAUUUCAUUGGCUAUAUUAUAUGUAAUUUUUUUAAAAAAUCAAUUGUUGAUCACUAAAGCAGAAGCAGAUUGUUGUUGUCUGUCUUGUUUGUCUAUUGAGAGCAGGUAAACUCCAGGAGGAGUUUUGACCUUAGACUCAGGGAAAAAUGUAAGAGUUGUUUGGUAGCUGCAGAGAGAAUUUCUUCUUGUGACAUUUACAAGCAAAUGUGUCUCUCUGUGGCAGGUAACAAAGAAGUGAAACAACUUUGUUUUGUGGGCUAAAUGACCUGGUAAAAUAUAGCUACUGCAGCAGAAUUUUAUAUUCUCAUUGCUAUAAUGGUAAUAUCCUAAACUGAGAAGCAUUGAUGUAAUGAAGUCAUCAUGGUUUUUGCCACUGAGCUUCCCAUUACUGUUUUGGCACUGCUGUUCGCUGAGGUUUUAUUCUUUCUUUGUAUGUAGUUUUAGCAGGACACUAACAGCUAGUUUCAGUAAGAACAGAAGUAGCAGGAUUCUUGAAUAAGCCAUCCAUUGCAAAUUAUAUCAUUCAUUUUUAGUCAGUCUCUCCUAUUAACUUAUAGCUGUUCCCUGCUUAUCUAGUAGUACGGUAUCCUGAAAGGGCUGUAAGUCUUCGUGGCUUGGCCUGAAGCACUUUUCAAUUAUGGUAAACAGUUAUUGGAUUCAGCCCUGUUUAUAUAUUGCACAUACAAAUAAGGAACAGGAAGCAAUAACAAGAUUUCAGUAUGCUGGCUGAACUUGUUAAAACAUUAGGGCAAUAUAGGUAGCCUAUAAUUACCUUAAUUCAAGAAGAACUGUGGAUGUGUUAAGAGAUCUUGAAUCUUUAAAAAGAGGAUCUCGGCAAGAAAUGUAUCAUGAAACAGUAAACUAUAGAAGACCAAUUUAGAUAAGAUAAAAGCUUUGUUCAAAGGACAAAAACAUUUGGAUCCAAGUUUGUCAAGUUACAGAUUCUUACCACAUUUUAGUGCUCUUUCAUUUUAUCUGAAUUCAGGGGUUAAGUUUCUUGUUACUAACAAUUAAACUGUGACUGGGUUUUCUUAUUCUUUGUUGGGAUCCUCUGUUGCUUUGGAUGUUCAGAACCCCUCAAACUGUGUUUUUUUUUUCUUUGACUUUCCAAAAAGCCUUUCCAAGAUGAGGUCUCUGAUAAAAGCUUUUAUCUGUGCUUUGUAUAUAGCAUUCUGAUCUUUCAACACAAUCCAUUUGGUGUCUGACCUACAUUAUGUAUAGUUGAGGAAUUGGGGAAUACCAAUAGAAUAGAUUAGAAUAUCUCACUUGCUCCAUGAGCAAGUAUGGUUUGUGAAUCAUCUUAAGCAGUUUGAUCUAUAAGCAUCCCUUAAUUGUGUCUGAAUUCUCAGCUUGCUGCCCGCUUACAAUCUGAAUUAUAUUUUCUCAAUAACUGAUGAGUGGUAUAGCCUUGGGAUAUUUUCAAUACUAUGAAAUUGCCAGGUUCUGUGAAAUCACUAUAAUAUUGCUGCAACUGAAAGACGAGUUCUCAAUUCUUUAGUGUCCAAGAUACCCAGUUCUACCUUCUAUAGUCUUAGAUGUAGAGGCAGAGUUUUGAGAUUGGUUUCAGACUCCAAUGAUGUAAUGUUUGAGAUAUGAUUUUGAUAGACUAGCCAUCUACAAUAUGAUGCUGCCCCCAAAUAUGAGGACCACAAUCCCAUGAUUUCCAGUCAGAAUCCUAACUGUGAACUUUGGACUUUGUGAGUCAAGACACAUGAAGAGAGCUCUAAUUGAACAACAAUAUUCUACAUCACCUGCCCGCCCUCCCCAUUUCAUAUUGUGCAUCCUGCACCUGUCUAUAUUAUAAAUGUUACUUUGCUUUCUAUUCAUUCAUUCUUCUUAGUCAUAGACAUGGUAUUGGAGAAAUCCAAACUUGUUGGAAAACUAUUAGUACAAGUACAUGAGAGAUUUCUUACUAGAAGCAAAUGUUUUUAAAAAGGGCUUCCUAAUUAAAUAGUGUCACUGGUUUUUAACACUCUAUACUAUUUACUCUUCUUUUCAGUGUCCUGAACUGGAAAGAUUUUAAGGCAAUAAGUGGAUUUCCUUGUGCUUGUAGUUGACAUCAACCCUCCUGAAAAGACUCCCUUGAUAAAAUUUUAGUUGCAGCUUCUAUGAGUAACAUCAGCUUUCUUCCAAUGGAACAGUUUCCUCCCACGCUUGUAUUAACUGAAAUUGCAAACAAACUAAUUUUUCUGUUCCUACUAUGUUGUGAGUCCCUUAGCAACUGGCAUUCAGUAGUAUAUUGCCUCUGAACGUGGAGUAUUCAUAACGAUUAUGAGUUUCAGCCUUUGAUCACUGAGCAAAAUAUAUUGAACUGUGGAAGCAAUUUAAGUCAGUCAGCCAGCUAGAGAAAACAGUGCAAAAUGCUGGUAGCAUCUGUUGUCCGGGAAAAAUAUUUCUUCUAGUGAUUUGUUACUUGCUCUGUGUGAAACUAACAAUAGCCAUUUCUCUAGAUACAUAGGAAGCUUGUGAUCAAAAUGUGAUUCAGUUGAUAAGUUGAUUUCUUGAUAGGAAACGCUUGUUGGUAUGAGAGUGUUCCAGUAUAGGGAAGCCCAGUUCUUUUGUUGGUUGUCAAUUCCAUAACUUCUUGCAACUUUCGUUGUGGAUAAUCAUACCCAAUUGUCUUCCUAAGAUCAACAUGUUCUGUAAUUUAGAUAAUUCUGAGAAGAACUCCAAUGUUCUAUGUGGGUCUCAAGAGGGUAUUUAAGAAAAUUCCUAUUUUGAUAAAAAAAGCCAAGCCCCUUAACUUUAUCAUAAUUCCAGUUGUGUUGGAUGUCAAUUUCUCUAUUUUCCAGCUUAGCACAACAGAGCUCCAUAAGAGUUGAAAUGCAAUUUAACUACAGAAGGGGUGUCAAACUCAAGGCCUGUGGGCCGAAUCCGGCCCACAGAGUGCUUAGAUUUGGCCCACAGGGUGCUUAGAUCUGGCCCAUGGGGCUGCCCUAGAAACAGAAGGACCGGCCCGCGGUGCUUCUGCCAGGGAAAACAGAGCUGCGCGCAGCCCUCCCAGACUCUGUUUUCAGCUGCAACAGGGCCUCAACAAGUGAUGUUGAGCUGGCCAUGCCCAUUCCAGCCACGCCCCUCCCCCUGGCCCCCAAGGUCAAACACAAUCCUGAGGCAGCCCUCAAUGAAAUCGAGCUUGAUACCCCUGGUUUAUCUGCCUUGCUUUGUGAUGUUGUUGAAGGGGAGCAAUAGCUUUAUUCCCUAGAAGUUCAUGUCUAAAUGGGCAAGGCCAUUUACCACCCUCCCAUGUUCAAAACAAGGCUAGCUUUGGAAACAGACUUUCAGCAGUUGAGUUCUGUGGUCCAUUUGCUGUGAAUGAAAGAGCUAACUUCCAUAGCAGGUGGCACUGAGCCGUUUCCCUGGUUUCUGAGGAUUGCUCAGAAUCGUUGUGUCAACAUUGAUUGUUUCCCCAAGUUUAAUAUCCAAUUAUAAAAGUGCCUAAUGUGAUAGCUGAACCUGGUUUUAUGUGGGAGACAGUGGUCUUGCCUGUGUUUGCCCUUCUGAUAUGGGAGGACAUGGCAGCCUAGAAUGUGAAUUACCUUCUGGAACAAACUGGACAGCAACCAUAGUUGCUUUUCUUUCUUUCUCUCUCUCCCCCCCCCCCCCCCCCCCCCCAUUUGACUCUGUGGGCUGGGAAUCAUUGGAAUUGUAAUCCAACACAACUGUUGACCACUUGCCUGACUGUUUUACAAUCUUGGAGCGGCCAUAAUGAGAGAGCCUAACAAGAGAAUUGCUGUAGGAAAGUGCUGCAGCAAGUCCAUGUCCACCUCCUUCCUCUUCUUAUUCUCCUCUGCAAAAAAAGUGCCACCUUGUUGGAAGGCUGCAUUGUGUACUUCUCAUCUGCAUUUCCUGUUACGUGCAGAAGAGAAGUGAUGAACUAUUAUUCCCAGCAAUCUUUUACGAAUGUGAAAAAGGUCUGAGCUUCCUUCCCUUUCCCCCAAUUAGUACAUUUCAUCUCUACAUUGGCUGGAUUCCUGCAUUGAAAGCAACCAGCAGUGUGGGAAGAAACCUGUUAUCUUUCAUUCCAGAACAUUGUUUUGAGGUAAUGGGGAGAGAAGGCAUUAAAACAUUAUACUAGGGAAUUGGGAAUGGAUAUGCUUGGCAUAAGAGGGUAAGGGGGGACAAGGUUUAUUUCCUCCUUCCAUUCUGAGCUUGUAUAUGAGCUGAAAUACAUCACAGUUUAAUCAAUUGCAGGUUGCUGUAGCUUGUGGGCAAGCCAAGUUUGUGCAUUUUCUAACUUCCAUUCCAGGACUGCCCGUCUCUUUUCUCCUCAUGUUCCUUUCUGAUCCACUACUGUGGCGGCACUCCGACACUUUGCCUGGUGUUGUUUUGGCCUGCCAUAACUGAGUUCAGCCUACCUCAAGAGGUAAUUCUGUGUCUCCCUGUCUUGCAGCCACAAUCCCUUUUAUUUCAGCGUCCUUUUUGACAUAUGCAUAGAUAACACACACAAACAACACUGGACUUGUCUAUCUGUCUCCCUACUUCUCCAGCCCCCUUGCUGUUGCCACCAGUUCUUAUUGCAGAUUGGAUGCUGCUUUAAAUGUGAAAAAAUAAAAUAAAACAAUUGUUUUAAAAAGCUAUAUAAAGAAGAAGAAAAAAAUAAAAAAUAAAAACCUGAAUGAAAAGCUAAAGCUGAAUUUAUAAGCCUUGUUGCAUAUGAGCCAAAAGUGCAAAAAGCUCCAUAUAAUAAAUUAACCUGCCACUCAUAUAAAUAUAAAUAUAUAUAAAUAUAUUAAAAUCAGACUGUUCUACAAAAUUGUGUAUUUGUAUUUUUGUGUACGUACAAUUUUCUGCUAAGCAGAAGGAGGAUGUAGUAUAGGAUGUGAGAGAAUUUUUUUUAAUCAAAUUUCUUUUGCUACUUAUUUUUCUUAACAUUCAUCUCUCUGUCUCUAUCUUCUCUAUGUAUGACACAGUUUUUGAAAAAGCUGCAGUCUCUCUCUUCUUCCCCCUGUCCCGCUUAAACCCCCCCCCCAAUGGUCCAUUGCCAGAGUAUACGCUGCCACUAGUUUUGCAGAGAUAUAGAAACUCUCAAAAGUUUGAUAACUCACUGCAUUUAGCAAUGUCAACCUGUGCUUUGUUGGGACUUGGCAUAGUUGCUUCCAAAGUUGUUGAACCUUGUCAGUGGAUUUCUAUUUCCCUGAAGCAACCUUUAGUACUUAGCUAAAGUUGGUCAAGACUUUUGGCGGUCUUUGGUUUGAGAUCCCGAAUAUCUUUGUGAAGGCAUUUCUGCAAGGAAAAAAAAUCAUUGUCAAUCAGACAGACUUGAAAUUCCUAAGCACGAGCCCAGGAAUUGAGGGAAAAGGCGUUUAGCCAGGUUGAGGUUAUUGCUCAAUUGAAAACUGAAAGGCCAUACUAGUGUAGCCAUGAUCUGAACAAAAGUAGGAUGGUCUUAAGUGCCCAAAGUUAUCUUGUGCAUAUUUUUUUGGCAAUCCUAUAACCAUUCUAUCAUUUUUUAAAAAGCAAGUAAUCUAAAUAGGAAGAUAUUUUGUAAAAAAAUAUAUAUUGUAGAGUGACGAGAGAAAAAAAUUAGAAUUAUCUCAUAUCUGAUUAAUGUUUCUCAGUUUUUAUGUUACUUCCCUCUUUGGAAGGAUAUUAGUGGAACUGCCACUUGUUUAUCAGUUAAUUUAAUCUGUCAAGGGACUUAUUUCUUCUUUGAAAAGCGUAAGCCAAGUUCCCACAAACCUGCAUCUGUCCUCUUUGCCUCUGAAGUAUAUUUGAAUUUCAAAAAGGUUAAUAACCUCACAGUCUUGUUGAUAUAAAUACAACUUGGUCAGGCUAGAAACCAGGACUGAUGUUCCUCUGAAAUCUGCAAAACAGACUACGAUGAAAUACAAAAUAGAAAAUGCAAGAGGCUUUCUUACUCCUUAGAAAGACCAUGUGGGAGUAUUGAGAACUGUCCUGUUCUCAAUACAUAUGCAGAAUGUUAAAUUCCAAAACAUGCAGAAUGUUAAAUUCCAAAACAUUUUUUCUAGUGUAACUUUUGUUGAGAAUUUUUUCCCUCAGCUUCAAAAAGAAGUUACGUAUAAACUCUUAUUCAAAGAUAUGAGAGCCUUUUGUACAUUGACAUUUUCCUGACUGAUUUCCCAUUUAGUUUCCCAUGGUUCUUCAUUGCAGGUGGAAACCUUUUCUCUCCUUUUAAAGCUACAUUGCCUCAUACUGUUGACCCUUACCAUUUCUUCCAGGGGUGAGAGAGACACUACAUCUUUCUAAGUAGGGCUCAUAUUUAUACCAGUGUGUACUGACUGUGGAAGAAGUCCUUGUUUCUGUAUGUGAAUGGGGAAAGAAACAAGUGCUCUAUUGUAUUGAUUAAAAACUAGCUUAAAAACAAAUGAGUCCUGUAUCAUUGUAUCUCCUAUUCUGGAUUAUUAGUGCCUUUUUGGACAGUAGACUGUUCUGUAAUUAAAUUGUAGUAUAACUGCUUUUUUGUACAGUUUUGUUUUAAUAAACUUUUUUUAAUUUGUGUUUAUUUUAGUAUUGUACCUACUAGAAAAUUAAAAUG